AUGGCUUCCGACUUCUGGGCGGGCUACCUAAGUGGUGCACUAGGAAUAAUAAUCGGCAACCCUCUUGAUGUCAUCAAAGUCCGGCUGCAGGCGGGAGAUGGGCAUACAGCUGCAUCACCGACACAUCUAAGCCGCCUGGAAAAAGCAACCUCAUUAGUUCGAGGCGCCGCAGCCCCAAUCCUAGGCUACGGAGCCCUAAACGCCAUCCUCUUCGUGGCCUACAACCGCACACUAACAAGCCUAGACAAUUCCAUAGCAGAUCCAACAAACCCAACUGGGGUCUCACCAUACAAAAUCUGGCUAGCUGGAGCCGCAGGCGGACUGGCCAGCUGGACGAUCUCCUCGCCCACGGAAUUCAUCAAAUGUCGUGCGCAGCUAGAUCCACGAGCCGAGGUAUCGUCGUGGGCGGUGGCUAAGGACAUCAUCCGCACGCGCGGCUGGAGGGGUCUUUAUUUUGGUGGAGGUAUUACUAGCGCUAGGGAUGCAAUUGGCUAUGGGUUCUAUUUCUGGUCCUACGAACUAUGCAAACGAUUUAUGAUUUCUGAUGAUGACGGUACAUAUCAAUCUGCUAUGAAUAUUUUGCUGUGUGGGGGUAUUGCUGGGGUUGUCACUUGGGGCUCGGUAUUCCCUUUGGAUGUUAUUAAGACGAGGUUGCAGGCGCAGACGAUUGGGGACCAUGGCCAGGUAUCCGAAAGCCAGGCUUUAUUGGGACGACGGAAAUUGAGCUCUUUCCAAAUUGCCAAGGAGACAUAUCGGGCCGAGGGUGUGAAGGCAUUCUACCGUGGUCUGGGGGUUUGCAGUGUUCGGGCAUUCAUUGUGAAUGCUGUUCAGUGGGCGGCAUACGAAUGGCUAAUGAAGAGCUUUAACCAAUUGGGUACACAACCAGUGGAUUUGGGGAUAUGA